AUGCUCCACGUCGUUUUCACAUGGUUCUCUAUUCUGUCUCCAGAAGACGGCGGUCCGAGUUACAUAGCGUUGUUCACCGAACCCAUGACUGCGGUGCUUACAUCGCGCUUCUUGCUCGACCUGCAGGAAGUGAACCAACGGGCCAUAGGGCGGUACUCCAGCGGUACCCAAUCAAUCUCCUUAACAUCGAGCUUCGCCCCGAAAUUCAUCAGCUCCCUCGGCUCCCACAUAUUCCCUGAAGAGGACGACACUGAUACCGUGUUAAGUCUAUCGAUGUUCACCAUUCCCUCAGUGACGUCCUACAAUCUCGAUCUGCCUGCUUACACGGAGAGAGGCUUGUCGAGUGCCGAUCCCUUCGCUGAUCGAGCCGCGACCCCUCAAUGUCGCGAUGGGGCGAAGUCCGUGUGCGUCGAGGACGGAGAAGUCUGCUGGGCGAUCUAA